UGGACUGUGGGGUCUGUGUCGUGCGUGAGGUGAACAUUUUUGGCGUUGGUGCGUCCCGUUAAGAACUUUUGAAGACCGUGAUGUGGGAUUCUGGACAAUAAUAGUAACAAGCAGGGUUGUCUUUCUGGAGAAUCAUGCCGCCCUUGUCGCUGCCCCUCUCGAAGCUUUUUAGAUAUCAAACUAAAGAGAGUUUGCAAAGGCUGUCAACAUGGUGCAGUGCCUUACACACAAAUGGUGGAAUAUGGUCACUUGGUAGCAACAGAUCCUCAAAUAAGGUACAUUUUAUGGUGGCGACAUUUGAUUCGGUGCCUUCAGCGCGGACUGCUCGGCAAGUCUGCGGACAUUUGUCAGUACCAAACAUGUGCUACAGUUCCAUCAGCAGCGAGGAAAGGACGAACUGGUUGUGGUCAAUAUACAACCAAAAUAAAACGCAGGUAGAAGCAUUGGUCCCUGGUAUGUUAAAAAAUUCAGUGAAUCCUGACACAAUAUUUGCCAACAAUGAAAUGAGCCUACAAGACAUAGAGAUCUAUGGUUUUGACUAUGACUACACGUUGGCAUUUUACUCCAGUCACCUUCAUACACUAAUUUUCAAUAUUGCCCGGGACAUCCUCAUUGAACAACACAGAUAUCCUGAAGGGUUACGGGAAUAUGAGUACAUCCCCAACUUUGUGGUGAGAGGACUUCACUAUGAUGUGCAGAAGGCUUUACUAAUGAAGAUAGAUGCAUUUCAUUACAUCCAGUUGGGAACGGUGUACAGGGGCCUUCAUCCAGUGCCAGAUAAGGAAGUUAUCGCAAUGUAUGAAGGUUCCCACGUGCCUCUGGAAAUUAUGAGUGAUUUCUAUGGCAAGAGCUCUCAUGGCCAAACCAUGAAACAGUUCAUGGACAUUUUCUCCCUGCCCGAGAUGAAUCUUCUGUGUUGUGUUAAUGAUUACUUCAUGAAGCAUAACAUUGAUUAUGAACCAGUUCAUCUAUACAAAGAUGUAAAGGAGGCCAUAGGAGACGUCCAUGUGAAGGGCCUCAUGUAUCGAGCAGUUGAGGCUGAUAUCGAUAAGUAUAUCUGUUAUGGUGAGCAGACCCAUGCUGUGUUGCGAAAACUGUCUGAAAAUGGGAAGAAAAUGUUCCUGGUCACCAACAGUCCAUUUGACUUUGUUGAUCGAGGGAUGAACUACAUCGUGGGCAAGGACUGGAGAGAUCUCUUUGAUGUUGUCAUAGUGCAGGCAGACAAGCCUGGCUUCUUCAACGACAGGAGAAAGCCAUUUAGACGUGUUACUGAUAAAGGAGUGCUGCUGUGGGAUAGGAUUCAUCGUCUGGAGAAAGGACAGAUUUAUAAACAGGGAAAUCUGUACGAGUUCCUUAGACUCACAGGGUGGAGGGGCUCUAAGGUGCUGUAUUUUGGUGACCACAUAUACAGUGACCUGGCGGACCUGACUCUGAAGCAUGGCUGGAGGACGGGGGCCAUUAUCCCUGAGCUGCGCAAGGAGAUCAAGAAGAUGAACACGGAGAAGUAUGUCCACAACAUGACGUGGCUCCAGGCCCUCACCGGAUUGGUGGAGCGCACGCAGGUGCACCGUGAUCCAGCAUCUCAAGCAGUGGUCCAAGAAUGGAUCAAAGAAAGGGAACACAUAAGAUCCCAAACCAAGGACAUCUUCAACGCUCAGUUUGGGAGUCUCUUCCGCACCUACCACAACCCCACUUACUUCUCCCGGCGCCUCUCGCGCUUUGCGGACAUCUACAUGCCGUCCCUCAGCUGUCUGCUCAACUACGACCUCCAGCACACCUUCUUCCCCAGACGCACUCCGCUGCAGCACGAGUCCCCCCUGUGGCCAGAGCUGGGUAGUGCAGGCGUUCCUUGCACUCCCCCUGAAUCAUAAAGAUUGAACGGACUGAGCACAGCUCUUAGAUGCUAAUCCCUGAUUGGCAGAUGAUAUUGCACCAUGACUUUUCUGUCAGGUAUGUUACAGUUCGAGAGGGAGAACUGUGUGAUGUUAGCACUAAAGGGAAUGUCUUUAUUUUUUAAUAGCUUUUAAGCAAAAAAAACAUCAAGAAUAUUGGCUUUGCAUAUUCACUCCUGUUAUAUUUAUGCUGACAUUUUUAAGGCCAAAGUCUGUGUGUCAGUCUGUAUUCACCAUUUAGGACAAGUCCUUGGCGCAUGUUGAGUUCUAGCCAGGCGCUGUGGAAAUAACAGGUACAAUUUAUAUUGUAGCUGCAUGUCAUUUUUAGGUUGAGGGGAAAAAUAGUCUCUAAUAUUAUAUGAACUGGAACAUUUAACUUCAUAUCUACUACACAGAUUUCCUUCCUUGUUCAAGUCAGACAUAGAAAAAUGGAACUAAUUCAGAAUGGGAACACAGGACGAAGUUUGCGGAGUGUCAGAAUGUACUACUCACUCGCCUUUGUGUCUGUGUUGUCUGUGUUUGGAAAUAAGGGACAACUUGAAAACCUGUAAAGUCAUUCUGGUAUCAGGACUCAUCUCUCAGUAAUGCUGCUUAAGACCAAGCACCCCGUAAGGGAAGAUGACUGGAUCACUGCUCAUGUGAUCGUGUACAAGCCAUUUAACCUUUUCCUCUGUAAAUGCCUUAUGCCAUCACAAACAAAACUGCACCCAUUGCAUCUUUAGCAAUGUAAAAAAUAACCUAUACAUUUACAUUUAGUGAUUUAGCCGGCGCUUUUAUUCAAAGCCUCUUCUGCAAACAAAUCUUAAGCUCUUGUGCAUAGGGUUUUGCUUCAACAUUUCGUGUCACUGGAUCACAUAUAAAUAUAAUUACUUUUUAACGCUACAGUCUCAUCUUAUACAUGACUAAGGCCUACUACCUAUUUUUAUAGAAUAGCUUUAUUUCUAGAGUGCUGAAGUGGUGUGAAUGUGUGUGUGUGUGUGUGUGUGUGUGUGUGUGUGUGUGUGUGUGUGUUUGUGGCAAAGUUUUCCAGUUAAAUAGAUUACAGUUCCUCGCCCUGGCGUUAUGAAAUAAAUAACUAUUUACUGUAGAGACGUGAGUAGUUCAUGUGGAGCUGUGUGCAGAGUUGACAGUAGGUGUUUAUAAAGGCUCGAUUUGCUGUAGGAUGACAUAGCAAUGUUGUAAAUACAUGAACAUCUCAUGUACAGAGGCUUUUGCUGUUUUGAAACAAAGAGUGUUACUGUAAAAUCUGUUCUAUUUAUCUAGUGACAUGAUUUGCACUGAAUUUUGUUUGUUCAAAUGUCUUGCACAUGUGUUAACCAGUAUCUCAGUAAACAGUAAGAUUAGACUAGACAUCAUAAGUCAUGAUGUAGGAGUCAUGUUUUAUUGGGACUGGGAAAGAUGCUCUCAGGUUUGCGGUCCAGAAAAACUGCUGUAUUUGCCAACAGUUUUUGUGGAAUUUAAUAUUGAAACUGAAUGAUAACUUCUGGUCUGUAGUUUACUUCAGGAUGUAUGUGGUCCUUCAUUGUUCAUUACAGCUAGUUUAGUUCUCAGUCAGAAAUGUGAAACAGUUGCGUUGUUGUUUAUCACUUAAGAUCGAAAUAAACCACUUUUCACAUGAACAACUGCAA